CACCAGGGAAGCGCCCAUGGAGUGAUACUUACUGUCAACAGUUUAGCCACUGGGCAAAGCAAAGCACUUACAUUCAGAACUUGAGCCCAUGCUGGACCCUCGCUUCUCCUGGAUCUUCUCCCUCACGCGCUUAUUCAUGGCCAGAAUCUCCCACCCAGCACUCCUCUGUUCUAAAUGAAAACUCAGUCUCCACCUCUGAAGGCUGCAUCCUCUUAUAAGCUACCCAGUGCCACUCCAGCCUUCUUUCCAAGCACAGGCUGGCCUGUGGUUUACAGGAGAUGAAGAUAUCAAAAUUCCAGAAAAUCUUCUUGAACCCCUGCCAUUCAAUAGGCAGGAGCAUCUUAUAGAGUUUUUCUUUAGGUUGUUUGCUGACUGCGAGAAGGAUCCACCCCAGCUUGACUACACACAGAUGCUGCUUUAUUUUGCUUGCCAUCCAGACAGUACAGAAGGGGUCUACAGGGCCCUCAGCGUGGCUAUUGGGACUCAUGUCUUCCAGCCAAUUGAAAUGCCUAAUCCUGUUGCAGAAAAGACCUCUUCCUUUACUGAUAUGAGUCCCAUUGAGGAAUAUCCUGAACUCGAGGACAAUUUUAUGAGUGAGGAAAGGGAAUUACAAGAGGACGGGGAGGAAAAGGAAGAAGAACUCCCUGAAAAUGCGAAUACUGAAAUGAUUUCCAUGCAAACAUUACUCCGAGUGUUCCGAGGAGGAAAUGAAGUACUGGACGCUAACAGAUUUGCCAGCCACCAAAAGAUAGAGAACAUUUAUUUAGAGAACUUCAUAAAAGUGUUUCAGGACCUAGGUUCCAAGAACCUCGAGCCAGUUGAAGUUGCUAUUCUUCUGAAGCAUCCUUUUAUUCAAGACCUGAUUUCAAGUUAUUCAGACUAUAAGAUCCCUAGACGAUUCUAUCUGGCAUGUUCCUGAAGAAAAAACUCCGUCAACAGAUGACUGACUGCCUUCGAAGGUCAACCCCCUGAAGAUGGACUCUGAUCCUCAGGGAAAGUUGGAGUCAGCAGGGUUCUUGUCACUUCACGCAUUUCUCUGAUUUAGGAAGGAGUUUUAUCAGCGUGCACCCCAGCUGAACCCUAGCGCAGGACCGACUCUGGCAUGGCAGAACGUCUGACAUUCUGAGUUGCUGCCCACUAUAUUCCAGGAGCACCUUGAUGCUUUGAUGGCCAAAAAGAUCUCUGCACGUUCCCCAAAUCCUGCUUGGUGCACAGACCCCUCGGGUUGAGAGCACCCCCCCACCCCCACCCCGCAGCUGGAGCUUGUUCUGACCUCCAGCUUCAGAGCAUGAAUGUCACCUGACACCCUAAUAGUAGAAAGAGAGCUUGUCAGUCUGUCUAGCCGUCCGAUGGUUCGUUCCUUCAUUGCCAGAGUACUUCUGCCAAGUCAGCUUCUUCAGCCCUCCACCAUCCUGGUCCCUCAUCUCUCCUCCCUGUCAUUACUCCACCCUGGAAUCUGACGAGAGGACAUUGAACCACCUGCUAGAAUCUAGUCAGAGCACCAUUCCGACAAGAGUUGAGCCUUUGACCUGAAAAAACUAAAUGUGAUGCUUGAAAAGGAAAGAGAUUCCCUUCCAGUAAGAUGCUCUAUUCUCAUUUUUGCUAAGCAAAUAAAGAAAAAGAAGAAAGGAAAAGAAAAAAAAUCUCUGAAGACUCAGUUACUAACACUCUCAUCCUGUCAUCAAUUUUUUUGCUCCAGAUAUCCAUGUGCAAGUAAAUAGAUCACAUUUUUAAAAUGAACUUUAACCACAGUGAUGUUGUUUGAAGAUCUUUCAAGAUAAGUAGAGCAAAAACUAGAGUGUGGUUUUUCGGGUUAAAAUGUUGUUUGCUGUUAUAAACAGUGGGAAGUAAAGGUUGUCACCCAACA